AUGUGGGGGCCCCUGGAGAGCGGGUGCCUCGCCGAUCAGAGCUCCACGGGGGCUGGGGUGGGGGCCAAACAAAGACCUUCUGAUCACCCAAAUCCUCCGGCCGCCCAAGGUGUCGAAGGCCAGGAGAGGAGGGCCAUCACCGCCAGACCUCCCACCCCUCCCCACGUCUGCUCCAAUCCACAAAUUCAAAGAAUAUCGCGUGUUUUUGCCCUCUGGAGACCGCGCAGAGGUUUGCGCACACGAUCAGGGACGAUGCUGGAGCGUGUGGAGCUGGUGCUCUCUGUCCUGGUGGAGCUCCAGGAUGCCACAGAGCUCAGCGGCCUGGCUGCUCUCACCAAAGUGGCCCACAAAGUCUCUCCGGUGCUGGGAGCCUUCCCCUUGCCCCCGGCCCCCUGUGUGGACUUCCCUGAGUGGGCUGGAGUGGAUCGACUGGCCCAUGGCCUGUACCCAUCAGAUGCCCCUGGAGGCCUGCUGCCACUGAGCUGCAGAGGAGAGGGGAACAUGCUCUUCGACUCCGUCAGUAUGCUGCUGGUGGGGACCACCGGGCUGAGCCUGGAGCUGCAGGUCCGCACAGUCGUGGAGAUGGCAAUGUGGAAGCGCUACUACCUCUCUGGGAUGAUUGACUCCAAGAUGAUGCUGCAGGCCGUGCGCUUCAGUCUGUGCGCAGAAGAGUCUGAGGACAUGCUCAACCUGCCAGGCAACGUUCUGGAAGCCAUCUUUGACGCUGACGUAAAGGCAUCCUGCUUCCCGGGCUCCUACGCCAACAUGUGGCAUGUCUACGCUUUGGCUUCAGUGCUUCGCUACAACAUAUUUUCCAUAUAUCCGAUGUUCAAUCACAAAAUCAGGCCCUACUUUCACCGCAUUAUCUGCCCCAGGUCUUGGCCCAGCGAUUCCGAAAUGCAGACUUUGCACGUCAUGUGGUCGGGGGAUCUGCAGUCGGAGUCUGUGUUCAGGCCAAACCAUUUUGUCGCGUUGGUUCCAAGCGGGAGCAUUGCAUUCGGGAGCCCAAUCAGCGACCCCAGCGCGUCCCCGGCCAAAAGCGAGGAGCUGCUGAACGAAGCACAGAUGACCUACCCGAACAUGAAGGACAAGUACAACAUCACCAAGAGAACCUUCUAUCGGUGGAAGAGGCAGUCCCAGGAGCAUUGCAAGAAGUCCACUGCGCGAUACGAAGCAAAGUAUUUCCUCCAGGCGUGCUACAACGACGGCAAGCUUAUCCCGCUGCAUCAAUUCAAGUUAUUUUUCCCGGAGAUUUCUCGCUCUUCCUACUACAACUGGAAGCAAGAGCUGCUCAAAUCCGGCGGGCAUUUUUCUGUGCAUUCAUCUUCUGGCGAAAUAAGUCCUGGGGAAAGCACAGAGCAAGAAGUGUGGUCCUCUCCAGAUCCCAAAGAUGACGAUAUAGAGCAUCAUGACAGCGUUGCUAGCAUGUUUGGUCUAAGCAUGGGCAAACCGGAUACGGAAAGGGCCAACAACGUCGCCAACAUGCAAGAAGCCAAGCGCUGCCUACAAAACUGCAUCGCAAUGAAUACGUCAUUCCCGUUCCGCAUUUUCAAGAGGAAUUUCCCGGGGAUUUCGAGAUCUACCUACUACAACUGGAGAAGAGAAGCCAUGAUGUCCAACCGCGGUUACAAAGGGAGCACAGGCAGCAGCGAUGACGGUUCGGAUAUCGAUAAAAGCCAAAGCCCAAAGCGUUUUCCACCCAUUAUCUCCCUUUUCAACGCCAACCAGGUCCAGCCAAGGCGCCGGAUCUGCAGGAGGAAACGCAAGAGUUUGCGAGAGGCCUACAUCGGGAAGAAACUCAUCCGAAAUGCUGCUAAACAUUACGUGCUGCGAUCAAAUUCUUCCCCGGCCAAAUUCAAGCUCAAAUUCCCAAGUGUAUCCCUUUGCUUUUUCUGGCUCUGGAAAAAUGCUGGAAAACCUAGCGAAAUGCCGCUCGAUAUGUCCUUCCCAAGCGCAGAGGUGGUAGAUGCCACAAAAAGCCAUGUCGAUUCGCCAAUGGAGAAUGCUCAGAUCAACCCAAAUAUGGCGCUACAUUUCGAAAGCCCAACUUGCCACCAGAAAACGCCCGCAGCUACGUUCACCGCACCGCUGCCUCGACCCCAGCCCCCCGUUGUCCCCCAGAUGCCGGCCAGGGAGCAGAUGCUAAGCCUGGAUGUGGUGUCUUUGGCAAACUUCAAGGCCAUGGCGAAACUUUUCCUGCAGCAGCGUUUCGAGGAGAAAUCGUUCCCGUCGUUCAAGGAGUUUCGUUCGUUUUUCCCCUACACGCCGCGAUCCACCUACUACAUGUGGAAGCGGGCUUUGUACCAUGGCGUUUCACUGGUGCAUGGCUGA